UGAAUAGUAGGGCAAAAUGUCCUCUUCUUAGCUAACUUCUUUGACAUUUUCGUCCAACACUAAUUUUCUAUCUCCUUCCUUUUUCUUCCUAAGCCACUCCCACUGCAUGUCAUUCUAAACAGGGCUGUUUGAACUGCUGCUCUGCUUGCACAUUCCAAUGCCAUCGCAGUGGUCUCGGUUUAUGAAUCAAUCAAUUACUGUUCAAAUGGCAUAAUCUGAACCCAGUUCUAAGGUGCCUGACUGGUAAUUUACAGAGAGAUUAAAGUGUAAACGAUGCCAUCCAAAUUCUUGUUCUCCUUGCUUCCAUGUGUAAGAAUGGUGGAAACUGAGAGCUCAUUCUUGAAGAAUGGAAGCAUCUUGUUAGAGGAUCUCAUUGCUUCUUGUGAGGGCAAAUCGAGUCCUAUUCGCAGUUACUCUGCUGAUGAGCUAGUCAAGGCAACCAACAAUUUCGAUCCUUCUUUCAUUAUAAGUGAGGAUUUAUCCUUCAAACUGUUCAGAGGUCUUCUAGAUGACCGGUCAAUAAUCAUUAAGAAGUACUUGCAUUGGCCCAGUGAAGCUGAAGCUAGGUCCAUGGCCAUUCGUGAUAUUAUCAUAUCGAUGCAGAUGAGUACGCACAAAAAUGCUUUGAAAUUGUCGGGCUGCUGCUUAGAGUUCUCUCUACCAGCUCUGGUGCAUGAAGAUGCAGCAAAAGGAGCUCUCGACUGCCAUGGAGGUUUAGGGGAUACUCGCUCAUUACCAUGGAAAACUAGACUGCUAAUUGCAACGAAAGUAGCUCAUGCACUUGCAUAUCUCCAUACCGCCUUUCCCAGGCCCGUCAUUCAUAGGGAUCUAAAGCCCACGUGCAUUUUCUUGGACGAUAACUAUUCUCCCAAACUCUCCAACUUUUCACUAUCCAUAACGAUUCCUCCUAAGCAAUUUCAUGUUGAAGAUGUAGUGAAAGGGACAUAUAGGUAUACUGACCCUACCUACAUCGCAACUGGUUACAUUACAGAAAAAACUGAUGUUUAUAGCUUUGGUGUGCUUUUACUUGUAUUCUUGAUGGGACAAAAAAUUAGGGUUGUCGAUAAAUCAGCAGUAGUAGAAGACCUCACUUCAUAUGUGGAUGCUAAUAUCCUUAGGGAGCUAAGGGCAGAUGAGCAAGCACAACAGCAAUUGCAAGCUUUCUUAGCACUGGCAUUGUUGUGCACCCAGGACGGAAGGGAAUCAAGGCCAUGCAUGACUGAUGUAGCCAAAGAACUUGUACGAAUUGAGAAGUCUAUUUUGCAUUGCUAGAUUAACUUGUCCGGAUUGGUUGUCAUAAAAGGGGAUAUGUUGGUUCAAUAACAUUAUACGGAUCCCUACUUGUAUUUGUUUAGCAAGUGAUGGUGAAACCUGUAGCUACCAAAUUUGCAUUCUGUGUAUCUCUGUGCUCAACCGUUCCAGGGCAAGUUCGAUUAGCAUUUUUCUAACAGUGACAAACGAAGAUAAAUCAUUAUUACC